GUAUCUUGAUACUUCGGCGUUGUUGUGCGACUGUCACUUGGCCUGGUUCUCAUCGUGGUUCGUAUCGUCGAAGCUUUCACGUCGUACGGUUCACACACGUUGUGCACAUCCAACUCCUCUCAGUGGUAUCGAUGUGUUCGCUAUUGACUCCAACAAUCUUACAUGCGUGGAUGAUUCACCUCGCGCACGGAUCAUAGAACAUCCAGCUACCAGCGUAAGCACGUUAGUAGGAGGACAAGCUCGGUUCACAUGUUCUGGAUAUGGACAUGCUCCAUUACAAGUCGAGGUAGACAUAUGA